AUGGGACCCUCACCCACUACAGCCUUGUCCUUCUCAGCCUUGGUGAGUAAAGUGAGAGGCUGCUCAAGGCUGUGGGCAGGGAUCCAAGUGCCCCCACACCAUCGGCCAGGCUUUGGAGGUAUUGCUUCACCCUUGCCCCCAGAGGUGGCUGUGUCUGGCACCCUUCCCCCACUGCCACACUCCACUGCGCUGGAGGGUGAGCUGGAGCAGGUCAAGGCCUGGGGCAGGCACGCCCCAGAAGCCGUGGGCCCUCCCUCCAACUUGCACCCUACCUGUGCAGUGUGGGCGUUACCUUCUGGGGUCCAGGCAGCAGAGACAGGACAGGCCAUCACGGCUGCCUGGUUGCAGCACAACCCCAGGGACCUGUCCUGGUGGCACCAGGAGGGCUGUCUCCCGGGGCUGGAGGUUGUCAGGGUGGACAAGAUGCUGGUCUUCUACUCAGAGGGAGAGCUGCAGGCCUGUGUGGAUAGUGCCCUGCUGGCUGAGCAGCUGGACCAGGUGGAUGCCAUCCUCUUCACCUAUGAGCAGCUCACUGUUUUCAAGUGCAAGCUGGACAAGACCUACCCCCAGGGCUACACCACUGAUGUGGUCCAAAUACUGGGCUCCCUGUUCCUGCUGGUUUCACCUGAGGAUAUUAGCAAGUGGGACGUGAUGUCCACAAAGACACUGAAAGCUCUAGUCCGAGUCAGCAGGGGGCAAAAGGCAGACGCUCAGGUGCCUCAGCAGCUCCUCCCGCUGGUGGCUGCCCUGAUAACCUGCUAUGUGGCAGGAGGGGUCCAGGUUGAUGAGGACACGCUGGCCACUGUGGCCACCCUCAACCCUGCCUACCUGUGCCUACUCAGUCCUGAGCAGCUGCAACUUUUGCAGCCAGACAUCCUUUGGGUGGUCAAGCCCAGAGACUUGGAGGGAUGUCCCCGGCCACAGAUGGAGGUCCUUCCCACCAAGGUCCACGUCGCCUUCCAGAACACGACUGGGCCCAGAUACCUGGAGAGGAUCCAGCCCUACCUGGGUGAGCCUGGGGCCCUGGUGGAUGUGGAGGCUGCAACUCUCUCCUCACCUCAGAGCUGCCCACUGGCAGGCCCAGAGCUCCUCUGGAUGAGGGAAUCUCUGUGGCAAGCGAGCAGGGGUGGGGGUGGGGCUCUGGAGGUGUCUGCGGGGCCUCACAUAGCCUUGGAAUCCCUCUCCCCAUGUGGCGGGGGGGCCACCACAGAGUACCUGUGAGCCCUCAGCCAGCAGAACAUCAGCAUGGACAUGGCCACAUUCAAGGAAUUGUGGACAGAGGCUCUGUUGCCCCUGACAGUGGCUGAGGUGCAGGGGCUGCUGGGGCUGCAUGUGGUGGACCUAAAGGCGGAGGCGCAAAACAGCCCGGUGUGGGACUGGAUUGUUCAGAAGCGGCAGGAAGACCUGGACACGCUGGGCCUGGGGCUUCAGGGCGGCAUCCCCAGUGGCUACCUGGUCGUAGACCUGGGUGGCCAAGACCUUCUUAGGGGCCCCUGCUUCUCUGGACCCGGAUCUGUGCUUGCCGUGCUCCUGUCACUGCUUCUGGCUCUGACCUGA